GGAUCAGUGGAAGAGGAUCCUGUGGCCCUUCUUCAGGCGUCUCAUGCUGCAGCUCAGCAAGCCCAGGUGAAGACAGAGGAGCAGAUUGCAGCAGAGCAAGCCUGGUAUGGAUCAGAGAAGGUCUGGCUAGUCCACAAAGAUGGCUUCUCUCUGGCCACUGUGGUGAAGACAGAAGCUGGCUCCCUGCCAGAGGGCAAGGUGAAAAUCAAGUUGGAGCAUGAUGGGACAGUGCUGGACGUGGACGAAGAUGACAUUGAAAAGGCCAACCCUCCUUUGUACGAUCGAUCAGAGGACCUGGCUUCACUGCUCUAUCUGAAUGAGUCCAGUGUGAUGCACUGUCUGAGGCAACGCUAUGGAGGCAAUCUCAUUCACACCUAUGCCGGAACCAACAUGGUGGUCAUCAACCCUCUUAGCACACCAUCCAUGUACUCUGAGAAGGUUAUGCACAUGUUCAAAGGCUGUCGGCGCGAGGACUCGGCUCCUCACAUCUACUCCGUGGCUCAGUCGGCCUAUCGCAACCUACUCACCACCCGGCAGGAUCAGUCGAUCGUGCUGCUGGGCAAGUCUGGCAGUGGCAAGACCACCAACUGUCAGCACUUGCUCCAGUAUCUGGUCUCCAUCGCAGGAAGCACAGGCAAAAUCUUCUCUGCUGAGAAAUGGCAGGCUGUUUACACCAUCCUAGAGGCUUUUGGCAACAGCUCCACUGCUAUGAACACCAACGCCAGCCACUUCUCCCAUGUGGUGUCUCUUGACUUUGACCAGGCUGGGCAGGUGGCCUCGGCCUCCAUCCAGACGAUGCUGCUGGAGAAACUGAGGGUGAGCAGACGACCUGAGGGAGAAUCUGCCUUCAACAUUUUCUACUACAUGAUGGCAGGAGCUGACAGCACUCUCAGAACGGAGCUGCACUUUAACCAUCUGGCUGAGAACAGCACGUUUGGGAUCGUACCACAGUCUAAGCCUGAGGACAAGCAGCGAGCCUCGCAGCAGUUCACCAAGUUGCAGGCAGCCAUGAAAGUGCUGGGAAUCUCUGGUGAUGAGCAAAAGGCCCUUUGGCUCAUCCUGGGAGCUAUUUACCACCUGGGAGCUGCAGGAGCCACUAAAGACGGAGAUGAAGUUGGACGUCGGCAGUUUGCCCGUCAUGAAUGGGCCCAGAAAGCAGCCUACCUGCUGGGCUGUACCUUGGAGGAGCUGUCCUCUUCUAUCUUCAAGCACCAGGCCAAAGGACUGCAGCAUUCCACCUCAUUCAGAGGAGCACAGGACGAGAGCGGCCAAGGCGACAGCUCAGGCUCUAAGGUCACAGCUCUGGAGUGUUUGGAGGCCAUGGCAUCAGGACUCUACUCGGAGCUCUUCACUCUUGUCAUUUCUCUCAUUAACAGGGCUCUUAAGUCCAGCCAGCACUCUCUGUGCUCCCUGCUGAUAGUGGACACUCCGGGUUUCCAGAACCCUCGGCUGGCUCAGCAGCAGCGGGGAGCCACCUUCGAGGAGCUCUGCCAUAACUACACCCAGGAGAGGCUGCAGACCCUGUUCAAUGAACGCACCUUUGUCCAGGAGCUGGAGAGAUACAAGGAGGAAAACAUAGAGCUUGCUUUAGAUGACAUAGAAUGCAGUACCUCGCGGUCUGUAGCAGCUAUCGAUCAAGCCUCGACCCAAGCUCUGGUCCGCACUCUGGCCAGGACAGACGAGGCUCGAGGCCUUCUGUGGCUGAUGGAGGAGGAGGCUGUUCAGCCUGGCGGUUCAGAGGAAACCAUGCUGGAGAGACUCUUCAGCUACUACGGCUCUGCACAGGGAGAGAACAAAGGUGCCAGUCAGCUGCUGCGAGGAGAGAAGCCCCACCUCUUCCUGCUCGGCCACAGCCACGGGACGAAUUGGGUCGAGUACAACGCUCAAGGCUGGCUGAGCCACGCUAAACAUAACCCUGCUGCCCAGAACGCUGCCACACUGCUGCAGGACUCCCAAAAGAAGAACAUCAGUGGGCUGUUCAUGGGCAGGGCCAGCGGGGCCACAGUGUUGUCAGGCUCCAUCGCUGGUCUUGAGGGCAGCUCCCAGCUCGCCCUGCGACGAGCCACCAGCAUGAGGAAAACCUUCACUACAGGUGUGGCUGCUGUCAAGAAGAGGAGCCUCUGUAUCCAGGUCAAACUCCAAGUGGAUGCGCUGAUUGACAUGGUGCGUCGCUCCAAGGUUCACUUCGUCCACUGCCUGCUGCCCAAAGCAGAGGCUGUGGGAGGAGGCGGCGAGCCACGCGUGACACACGGAGAGAGUGCCGACUCGGGCCUUAUGACUCUAGAUGUCGGCCUCCUUAGGGCUCAGCUUCGGGGUUCAAAGCUGCUCGAUGCUCUGCGCAUCUACAGACAAGGUUACCCAGACCACAUGGUAUUCUCCGAGUUCCGUCGACGCUUUGAUGUCCUGGCGCCGCACCUCACCAAGAAGCAUGGCCGCAACUACAUUGUCACAGAUGAGAAGAGGGCAGUGGAGGAGUUGCUGGAGUCCUUGGAGCUUGAGAAGAGCAGCUACCACAUGGGGCUGAGCCGGGUCUUCUUCAGAGCGGGGACUCUAUCUAAGCUGGAGGAGCAGCGGGACGUUAAGACCAGGAGGAACAUCUCUCUGUUCCAGGCUGCCUGCAGAGGAUACUUGGCCCGACAGGCCUUCAAGAAGAGGAAGAUCCAGAACUUGGCCAUCCGCUGCAUUCAGAAGAACAUCAAAAAGAAUCGUGGUGUCAAACACUGGCCAUGGUGGAAGCUCUUCACCACCGUCAGACCUCUGAUCGAGGUGCAGCUCACCGAGGAGCAGAUCCGUGGAAAGGAUGAGGAGAUCCAGCAGCUGAAGCAGAAACUGGAGAAGGUGGAGAAAGAGAGGAAUGAGCUGAGACUCAACAGUGACCGUCUUGAGAGCCGGAUCACAGAGAUGUCAUCAGAGUUGGCUGAUGAGAGAAACACCGGGGAGUCAGCCUCCCAGCUGCUGGAGACAGAAACUUCUGAGAGACUGCGUCUGGAGAGGGAUAUGAAGGACCUUCAGGGCAAGUUUGACACGAUGAAGAAACAGAUGGAGUCCAUGGAGAUGGAGGUGAUGGAGGCUCGACUAAUUCGGGCUUCUGAACUCAAUGGAGAGAUGGAUGAUGAUGACUCAGGAGGCGAGUGGAGGCUGAAGUAUGAGCGAGCCAUCAGGGAGAUUGAGUUCACCAAGAAGAGACUGCAGCAGGAGUUUGAUGACAAGCUGGAGGUGGAGCAGCAGAACAAGCGGCAGCUGGAGAGGAGGAUCAGUGACCUGCAGGCAGAUAACGAGGAGUCCCAACGAAAUGUCCAGCAGCUGAAGAAGAAAGCCCAGCGACUGACGUCAGAACUCCAGGACACCAAACUUCACCUGGAAGGCCAACAGAGCCGCAACCAUGACCUGGAGAAAAAGCAGAGGAAGUUCGACAGUGAGCUGAGUGGCGCUCAGGAGGAGGUGCAGAGGGAGAAGAGCCUGAGGGAGAAACUUGCCCGUGAGAAAGACAUGCUGACCGGAGAGGCUUUCAGUCUGCGACAGCAGCUAGAGGACAAAGACUUGGAGGUGUGUGCACUCAACCUGAAGCUGGACCAGCUGGAAGCCGAGCUGCAGGACCUCAACUCCCAGGAAUCCAAAGAUGAAGCAUCGCUGGCCAAGGUGAAGAAGCAGCUUCGAGACAUGGAGGCCAAGGUGAAAGACCAGGAGGAGGAGCUGGACGAGCAGGCCGGAAACAUUCAGAUGUUAGAACAGGCCAAGCUGCGUCUGGAGAUGGAGAUGGAGCGCCUUCGCCAGACCCAUUCCAAGGACAUCGAGAACAAAGAUGACGAGGUGGAAGAGAUCAGACAGUCGUGCAGCAAGAAGCUGAAGCAAAUGGAAGUCCAGCUUGAAGAAGAGUACAGCGAGAAGCACAAGGUGCUGAAAGAGAAGAGAGAGCUGGAGUCGAAGCUUCUCUCGGCACAGGACAAGGUGAGAAGCGGCGACAUGGAGACUGAGAAGCGUUUGAGGAAAGACCUGAAGAGAACCAAAGCCCUGCUGGCCGACGCACAGAUCAUGUUGGACCACAUAAAGAACAAUGCACCCAGCAAGCGGGAGAUCGCCCAGCUCAAGAAUCAGCUGGAGGAGUCUGAGUUCACCUGUGCAGCUGCAGUUAAAGCUCGCAAGUCCAUGGAGGUGGAAAUUGAAGACCUACACGUCCAGAUGGAGGACAUCUCCAAAACAAAGCAGGCGCUGGAGGAGCAGCUGAGUCGUUUCCAGAGGGAGAAGAAUGACCUGCAGUCCAGGAUGGAGGAGGACCAGGAGGACCUCAACGAGCUGAUGAAGAAACACAAGGCUGCUGUGGCACAGUCAGCCCAGAACCUGGCUCAGAUCAGUGACCUACAAGCCCAGCUGGAGGAGGCCCUCAAGGAGAAGCAGGAGAUUCAGGAGAAGAUGCAAGCCCUGCAGAGCCAGCUGGACUUUCAGGAGCAGUCCAUGGUGGAGAAAUCCCUUGUCAGCCGGCAGGAGGCCAAGAUCCGUGAGCUGGAGAGCAAGCUGGAGUUUGAAAAGACGCAGGUCAAACGUCUGGAGAGUCUCGUAGCUCGUCUCAAGGAGAACGUGGAGAAGCUGAUGGAGGAACGAGAUCAACGCAGCAGCAGUGAGAUCCGAGAGAAGGAACAGAACAAGCGUCUGCAGAGACAGAUUCGCGACAUCAAAGAGGAGAUGGGUGAACUGGGUAAAAAGGAAGCUGAGGCCAGCCGCAAGAAACAUGAGCUGGAAAUGGACAUAGAGAGCUUAGAGGCUGCUAAUCAGAGCCUCCAAGCUGACCUCAAGUUGGCCUUCAAAAGGAUUGGUGACCUACAGGCAGCCAUCGAGGAUGAGAUGGAGAGCGAUGACAAUGAAGACCUUAUCAACAGUUUGCAAGACAUGGUGACAAAGUAUCAGAAAAGAAAGAACAGAACUCAGGGGGAUUCUGACACAGAUUCUGAGGUGGAGGAUCGUGUGGAUGGGGUGAAGUCGUGGUUGUCCAAAAGCAAAGGUUCUGCCAAGAACCUGUCAGAUGAUGGCAGUCUCAAGAGCUCCAGCCCCCCUGGUCGAAGACACUACUACUUCACAAGAUCUGACGAAGAGGAGGAGGAAGAGGAAAAAGAAGGUGGGGCGACCCAGGACGCUUACUACUCCCGAUACCGAUACAGCAGCCAAGUGAAAGACGACGACAGUGAGGACCGGCUUUACGAGACCACGUCAUAGUCUCCAACUCACGUCGUCCACCUUGGAGAAUGCGCCGUCACUCAGCCGUCAGUCUGUCUUGCAUGCACAGCCGACCACAGCUGCGGUCAAUUGGUCACAACCACAAAACCUGAACACUCACAAGCCUGCGGGGAAAGUCAAGACGAUGAAAUGAUGUAGUUGUUGUUAACGCUCAGUCGGCUGAGGCAAAUCCUCGUGGGGUUCGAGCACAGUUUGACAAACUACACAGUCAUUUGGAGUCUUCAUUCAUCAGUCUGCGCUCGCUGCCUGCACACACACACUCACACACACACACACACACACACACAGAGAUUAACCUCUCCACUCUGCUGGCUGCAUGCAAGCAGCAGUUGCUUGGUUUGAGCAGCCAUCGUGUUGAACUCCAGUCAUGGUUGUAACUGAGCCAAAGAACUUGAGGUUGUAAUGAUAAUAGAGUCUUUGUUUCCCUCUCUUUGUCUCUGUCACUCUCUCUACAUAUAGUACACCACAAUAAUGUGUAUUUCAACUGUACAAUGUAUUGCCAAAAAGCCUUUGUUCCAAGUACGUACGCAUACUGUUUAAUAUAUUUCCAUUUGAUGCUAAUUCACGGACAAAGUUCCAGCUUUUUCUUCCUCCUCUUCUCUCGGGAUUUUUGGGAUAAGUGCCAUUUGACUCAAAUGGGCUCCUCUACAGCUGGUUUCUCUGCAGCUGUGGCGCUUCCUGAACUGCUGCACUCUAAACUGAAGAUGCUAUCAUUAUCAUCUGCUUGCUUUUUGUUUGCCUGAAAAGUUUUCUGCCUUUUGCCGGCAAAUGAUCUCUUCCUCGCAGAGGAAUAGAAUUGCAUCACUUUCCGCUCGCUCCUCUCUGCCUUGAAAGCAAAGCUAUUUUUUUUUUUGUUUUUUUUCACCCUCAUUUUGAAUCUUUUGUUAUUGAUGUUUGACAGAUUUUCUUCUGCAGGGGACUGCCUUCCAGAAAAUCAAUUUCCAUGGGUUUUAUGCUCUGUCUUAUUAUAUUUCGACUUGAUUUGAAUACACACUUGCCAGACAUUGGUGAGGAGACCUUGUCCUUGUGCUUGUUGUUCACAUACCGUCUGUGUUUUGGGUUUGAUGUGCUUUACCUUUCCAAAAGGAAUUUAUUUCACCUUGGGCACCAAUCAUUUGUCGUUUUAUUACAAAAACCACUGAGCAAAUUUUAUCCUCAGCCACUAUGAUGAAGGAACAAGCUGGUGUUAUCUGUUUAUUUUUUUAUAUAGUGAGCAAAUCCCAUGGAAAGACAUAAAUUGGUAAUGUGUUUUUAUCUUUAGGAAUAGUAUGUGAGCUCAAAGGUGUACUUGAAAGGUUUUUCUCAGCAUCAUGACAAGACUUUAAGCCUUCGGUUCCGGCUGAAGAUGUAAAUCUCAAAAAGAGUUGUCGAUACCAUAUACUAUUUCAAUUAGAAUGCUCUGUCGAGUGCAGACUUCCACCGAGGCCCGUUCUACACUUUUCUGAUGGAUCUGCACCAAAGUUAAUUAUGUUGUUUUUGUUGGCUUUUGCUUCCACCUCUCCACAAACGGCUGUGGAAAGGAGUUGAGUACUUUCUUCAAAUUUAACAGACUGGUGAAAACAUAACCACCUUGGCAAAGGUUCAGUGACGACGUCCUGAAUAACUUGAUUUUUCCAUCAAGUUUGGUUUGAAUGAGUAAUUCAGUGUCUUGAAAACUGUCGUCUGAGAUUUUAUAUACGGCCACUGGUCAGUGACUACAGUUCCUGAUGAACGACCGCGUCGUUUGUUCAUGGGAGAGUUUAUGAUAUCACUAUCAUAAAGUUUGUAUGCUGCUGGAGUGGAUUAUGAAAUGUCAACAGCAAAAUCACAUAGCCUAAUUAAUGUAAACACACCCGGUUAUAAUAUGUUGUAGAAAGAGGGAUUUUCUUUCAAGUCAGAGAAAAAACACAUUCUUGCAUCAUUACCUCUGACAGAUGUCUGUUAUAUUCAGUCAGGAUGUUGAACCGUAGCUUAGCUCACAAAUAAACCCACACAAAGGAUCAGUGACAGUGCAGAGUAAGUCACGGAGAAAACAUUAGAUUAAUCACUGACGGAUACAAAAAAAGCUUCCGUUUCAGAUUCACGGGGGUUUGAUGUUGGACGACAGUUGAGUCAGAGACGCUGAUUGAAAUGUCCGCUGCUUAAAAAUCACCAGUCUUCUCCUUGAAGGCUUCGUCAGGUACUUUAACUUGAACUUCAUCAACUGGACUCACUGCUGCAGCCUGUACAAGCAAUACUGUGAAAUCAUUGAGGCCUCUUAGUGUCAGGUUUCCCUUUUUAUUCAAAGGGAAACAACAACAAACAAACAAACAGAGAAACGCAGUGAUGCUUCAAAACAGCAAGUACUUGCAAGAGCAGGAAGCUGCAUGUUCACGGUUGCUCAGAUGUUACAUCACACUCUUUGGUCGUCUGUCUUUUAAUUGACUGAAAAUGUCAUUUUGAAAUCCAGAAGAGCUUGACAUGGUGUGUGGGCCUGGAAGCAAAAGGAAACAGUGGAUGUUCUUUAUUGUGGGAGAAAUUUGGGUUUUCACCUUUUAUUCUCUACGCAGUCAAAUGUGGAAAAGAGGGUUUUUUUUUUGUUAUUUUCUUUCUUUCUCUUUCUUUCGCUCUCUUUAAUUGAUCUUGACAAAGUGUCUGGCUUCAACAGGAAAAACAAACGAAAGAGCAGACACAAUAUUAAAGACUGCACACAGUAUUUAUAUAUAAAUAUGUGUAUGAUUCAUGCUAGCUUUGAAAAUACUUCAUGUUUAUUUUCAAAUUGACCACUUGGUAUAAAUUUUGCAUUAUAGUUUAAUAUAUUGUAAAUAAAUGAUGGUGAUUGUUUUA